CUAAUGUUUCUGGAGGGACGAUAGAUCGAGGAUGGACGCUGUUGCUACAGGCAGCAACGGAAAAAAGAAUACUGAGUAACUGUUACUGUAGUAUAUGAUGACAGAACUAUAAUGACAGUCUAUAAAGAGAGACAAAAACGGAUAUUUGGAGAAACUGUAGAUAACAAAAUUUCCUCAGCGGAUGGAUUUUAAGAACUCAAAAAACUGUGCGCAUUAUAGCACGUGUAAUCUGCUAUAACACGGUUACAUUAAUCUUACGAACUAGCCAUCUAGCGAACGGUAAAUCGGAUUAUAAAUUUUCUUGGACACCAUCAUUUGCAUUUUGAAGAAACAAGAGACACGACAAUGGCUGUUCGUUUACCAGUAUUGAAAAACUAUAAUUAGUAUUUGCAAUUGCCUAAUGUUUUCUGCACUAUCGUACGAAACAAAUCGAACACUCACUAGCUAAUAGCUAAGUUACGUUACUGAACGAUAACUUGUUAUGACCACAGCUAACUCAACAUGAGAUUGAGCUGCUUAUCUGUGUUCAGUAAACCCAGUGCAAGGACUGACUCAUGAAGGGGUUGCUAUUGCAUAUGAAGACGAUCAGGAGAUAGAAGACAUGGCUAGCUAAUUUUCUGGUUUGUCAUGCUGCCCAUGCCUAAUUGUCACUCAUACCAGGGGAGCAGUGCUAUUUUGAAAUAUCGCUUGUGCUGGGAUUGUAAGGAUAGUAUUAAGACAGCUGCUCCACUGGGGACAUUAUGUGGAUAUGGAAACGCGAUGAAAAUAAAAUUUAAGGAAGCCGUUUCCGAGGAGCAGUGACUACAGCAGCCUACAACUGAACCAAGUUGGACAGCCAUUGGUGGUGAUAUGAUUCAGGAAUCAUGACCGAGAGACCGCCAUUAGCAGAAAAGGCUAUGUCGGAGGGGUACGCGCGACUCCGCUAUCGCGACACAUCGCUGCUCAUCUGGCAACAGCAGCAACUGGAGCUGGAGCGCGCGCCCCCGACAAAUUACCUCAGCCGGAGUCAGACUGCCAGAUACAGCCAGUACGGAAACGAGACCGUAGUUAUACGGGACAAAACAAAGAUCGGGACAUCCCCUGACGCCGGACAGUCCAGGAUUUGCGCAGUUAUGUAACGAGUUUACUAAGCUACAUAUUAAAUGCAUGUUGUAAUUACAAGACACUAUUAUAGUUUCCACAUUGUUUCUGUUGCACAUGUUUGGUCCUUAUCGGACGUGAAUGCCUCUUGACAACAUUUCAGAGGUAAUUAAAUGUUAAGUACAAUAAAAAUGCAUGCACAGUAUGGCUAACCACACAAAGCUUAUGUCUUGCAGGUUUACCACGUACAAUACUUUAUAAGAUACACUCAGUGAGCAUAUUAGGUAUUUAUUAGACCUAUUGGUCUUCUGCUGCUGUAGCCUAUCCACUUAGUCGUUUGACGCGUUGUGUGUUCAGAGAUGCUCUUCUGCAUAGCGAUGUUGUAACUAAUGUGUGGUUAUUUGUGUUACGGUCACCUUUCUGUCAGCUCUGGCCAGUCUGGCCAUUCUCCUCUGACCUCUCUUAUUAGCAAGGUCAGUCAAAGUCACUUAGAUCACAUUACUUCCCCAUUCUGACAUUUGGUCUGAAAAACAGCUGAACCAUGUUUGCAUGCUUUUAUGUAUUUAGUUGCUGGCUGAUUCAAUAUUUGCAUUAAUAAGCUGGUGUACAUGUCUACCUAACAAAGUGAUCACUGAGUGUAUAUUUAACAUGAUUUUAUGUAUUUAUUUGAGUAAUGCCCUAAAACAGGGACACCCUCAGUGUUGCUAUAUUGUCAGUAACAGUACAGUAUAUUCCAUGUUCUGACAUUUCAUAUAAAAUAUAUAUAAAUGUUUUUGGGUUUUUUUGAUUUUGACUUGAUUUUGGAAUUUUACUUAAUUCCCUUAUUAUUAUGUACUGAAUGGUGUUUUAUCAUACAACUUGUAACCACAAUAUCAAAAGGGACCUGAUCAAAUGCAGUUAUGAGGAACUGAUUUUGUUACGAAGCAGCAAUGUAAAUGACUAAGUAUGGUUUAAAAAUGGCUUAAGCAGCAGAGGAGGGGGUUGAAUCACCCAGAGGAAGUGUCUUGGUACAUUUUUCUGAACUAAAUGUGACUAAUUCGAUUACUCUAAAAUGUGAAGUUACUAUCGCAGAUCGACCGUCACCGCUGACGGAAAAACAAACAUUUCAAUAAAAUAGAUACUCUAGACUAUGGCCCUCAUUUACGGGCUAUGCAAAUAACACACUCCAAAGGCAAGUAAAAGUGUAGAAUAUUAUGGUGUUUAUGGUGACUGUAUAAAAGGCACUGUAAUUUCAACACGGUGAAACCAAAGUGUGUAAACAUACCCUUAAAUAGUUGCUAAGAACGUGUACUUUUACCGCAUGUCAAUUGUUUGAUUACAAAUCUAAAAUGGUGGAGUACAGAGCCAAAUAAAUAAAAAAUAUGUCUUUGUCCUAAACAUUAAGGAGGGCACUGUAUAUAAGGUUAUCUUUUUUGUGUGUAAUAAAUGUCAAUAAUUGAUCUGGUGUAAA